UUACGUGGGUAGUGCUGCCGUCGGGUGUAAUUGAAUCAAAAUAAUGUAGAGGUAUCGCGUUAUACGGGCACGGGCAAUCAUAACUCAGGCUAUCACGUCUCUGUGUCUCGGUCUCGGUGUCGGCCCGUGCCGGCUACGGGGGAUGCGCCGUGAGUGGUGCCUCUAUAUAAAGGGUGUCAUCUCUAACCCCCGUACACACUCGUUCCACCGCAGCAACAGGCCGCAAACCUCGCGUACAAUCUUCCUCUUCGAGUACGCGAACGUUUUUUCCCCCCUUCUGUUCUCUCCUCCUCCCUGCCGUCUCUCUUCUUCCUAUUCGUCUCGCGCAACGAAUCGGCCGCAAACCGUAUAUACCAACACGCGCACGCAUACACACCAUACGCGCGUCGGAGGAAAGAGGAAAAAACAUCGUCGGAGACCGGUUGAAAGAUCUCCCUGAAAAACUACACAAUAACGAGAGUUGCGACAUGAGGAGCUGUUUAUCGUCGUUGUAUGUGCUGCCCUUCAUCUGCAAUUGCGUCCUUGUUUCUUCCUCUGUGUUGACUACUCUGAAGGCCGAUGGAGGUUUAAGAAUCUUCAAGGACGCGCCCAACGAGUUCGAGGAAGUGUUGAAGAGACACAGCAUCGACUGUCACUCGGACAAGAGGGAGAAUCCUCAAGGAUGCAGCGGCUCGUUCUUCGUUAGGGACGAGCGUAGCGAUCCCGACAGAGGCAAAGAGAGAUUUUACAAUGGCGACGGUGACAGAGGUUCGAACAGAUCUCCGCGCACUUGGAAAUCGCCCGAUAUCGUCAUCAGGUUCGGCCGAGCAGGCUUCAAGAACUUGAACAGGGAGCAGAAACGGGGAAGAAACGACUUGAAUUUCAUCAGAUAUGGUCGAGGUAUGCAGAUUUAUCCAGACAGCGUUAUGACAGCAAUAUGCUCGAAUCUAUUGUCGAACGAGAACAUCCAACCGUACGAGGCAAGGUUAUUGCGUUUUUGCAACAGCCUAAACAAUAAUGACGUCGAUCAAAGAGAAAACCUGGACUUCUUCGAGGAUCGACUCGGCACGAAGCACGAUUAAAAAGAAAAGAAACCCUCUCGAUCCAUCGCACCAAUUCAUCGAGAUUUGUCGUGUGUCGACCUCUCGGGACAACUCGCCUCGCCUUAUUACGAUCUUACAAAUUUUUCCCAUGGACAACGUUGUUAUUGGCCGAUCCAUAUAUUGAGUUACGAACUUUCCUCGUAAGCUUUCUUGUAAAAUAAAUUAAUUAAAUUUUAUAUUCGGUUCAUGCUUUUUCGUUCUCAAUAUAAAUUAAUGUUACUUACAUAUAGAACAGAUUUUUUUUUUAAUCCUUUGUAACAUUAUUAUAAUUAAUACUUAAUUUAUAUUAUUUUAUAUAUUUAAUAUUUUUGUAAUUAAUAUAUAUAUAUAUAUACGUGUGUGAUAUGAUAAGACGUUUAUUAAAAUUUAAUUUAUAAUGGAAACGAAUAUUAUUGGUUCGGACCGUAAUAAGUUGACAGUCUGAUAGUAUACAGAUUUUUCUACUUAAAGCUUAAAGAUUUGAUUUAUCACUUGUAUCAUAAUACAACUAUUUUUUCGAAUGUUACUUUAUUCGAAUAAAAGAAUUGUAGCUCAUAAAUAAUAUGAGCUGCGAAAAUUAUUGCAUUAAUUUCCAAUUUAUUAUUAUUAUAAAAUAAUAAUUCGUGAAAAAAAAUUGGAUUUGUUUAAAUUUUAUUCCAUUUUAUGAAUUAUUUAGAGAUACACUCGUUCAAUUGAAUAAAAAUGGCUGAACGAAUAACGUUGUUCUGUAAUGUUUCUUCUGGGUAUUUUAAUAUGCAUUCACUUGCGUGUACAUAAGAAAAUUGUAUCACCGAUCUCGACAUCGACAUGAGAUUGUACGCGAAUCGAAUUCACAGGAAAUCGAAGAAAAAAAAGUCGAACGUGAUGAAUGAUUGUCAAUCAUUGUCGAUGACGAAGAUAUCAUCAAUCCAUUGUUUAUAUCGAAAAAUAUUUUGUCUAAGUCCAUUUAUUAUUAUCAACGAAUCAUCUUUGUCAUUUUAUUUAUUGAUAAAAUAGCAACGAAAAUUUCGUAAUUGAAAAAUUAACCUCUUUUUUUAUUUUCCUUUUCUUUCCGUGUGAUUUAUAAACAUUAUAUCUCUUAAAUAAUCAAAAUACAGUAGGAUACAAACGUUAGAAUUGAGAAUUAAAAAAAAAAAUAAAAUAAAAUUUCGCGAUAAAAAAAUUUAUAAAGAUUGAAUAAUAGAAAAAAUGAUUUUUCUUUGAAACAAUGCUUUUACUUGCGGGAUAGGAAUGAGAUAUAAUAAUUUUGAAAGAUUAAUUAUAUAUAAAUAUUUGAAAUAAGAUUACACAAAUUGUAAAAUAACAUAAUAAAUUUGUAUCGUCUGAUGAAGUUAAGCGAUAAUUGUAUCUUGUUUUUUUAGUUCUUUUUUUUCGAAGAAGUGUAUCUUUUUAAAGAUAAGUAAAUAGAGCUUUACUUGGUCAUUGUUUUUCUCGACUAUUCUACAAUUAUAGUAUUACGACACUGUAAUAUCGUCUGUAACCUGAACAUCAUUCUUAAAAUGGAUGUAAUUUAAUACACGCGUAUAAUUAAAUAAUUAAAUAAGAAAUAAGUGGCUGGAAAAA